AUUUGCCUUUUUUCCAGGAGCAUACCCCAUCAAGUUUUACCCAAAAGUGCUAGUAGACAUAAGUGGUGUCGCUGAGUUACGCUCCCACUAUCUAGACGUCAACUUGGUUCUUGGAGCUAACACGACGAUUACUGACACAAUCCACUUGUUUGAUGAACUGAGCAAAACCAAUGCCGACUUUUGGUACUUGAGAGUCUUGAGAAAACAUUUAGAGGAAGUUGCUCACAUACCUGUUCGGAACAUUGGUACAUUAGCUGGGAAUUUAAUACUGAAGCACGAGCACCCCGACUUUCAGUCGGAUAUUUUCCUUUUGUUUUCGUGUGUUGGAGCGAUUGUUACUCUAGUGGACCGUACAAUGAAUCAAACGGAGCUGAGCCUGCCUGAGUUUUUGACUGCAAAUAUAGUCGGCAGAGUCAUGACGCAAAUUAAACUGCCUCCGUUAUCCAGACAUAAUGACGUAGUGACUUAUAAGAUACCAGCAAAAGAACAAAAUGCGCAUGCUGAAGUGAACGGGGCGUUUCUUUUCACAUUUGAACCCAAGUCUCAUAAUGUGCUUAAAGCAUCAAUUGUAUAUGGAGGAAUAAAUGCUACGUUCACUCAUGCUUAUAACACCGAACGGUUCCUCAUUGGACGAAACCUUUUCACAAAUGACACGCUGCAAGGUGCUCUGCACUGCUUGGAUAAGGAAGUUGAUCCAGACUUUAAUCCACCAGAGCCUAAGCCGCAUUUUAGGAAGAAAGUUGCUUUAGGAUUAUUUUAUAAGGCCGUCAUUAAACUGUGUCCACGCGAAAUCCUCAGUCCAAAAUACGUUUCGGGCGCCACAACCGCCUACGAAGACCGGCCUCCCGUGAGCCGCAGCUACCAGGAGUACGACACCAACAGACCAGACUACCCCAUCACUCAGCCGCUGCUGAAGAAGGAGGGCCUCAUCCAGUGCGCGGGCGAGGCCAAGUACGCUGACGAUAUACCUAGAAUAUCUGAUGAAGUGUUCGCAUCAUUCGUUGUUUCUACAAUAGCGCGAGGUGAAAUAGAAAGUAUCGAUUACGCCGAUGUCCUUGAAUAA